GAAUCUCCCCUUGCCCCGCCCCUCCUUCCUCUUCGCCAAACCCCACGUCUCCCCCAGUGCGCCGCUUGCCCAGUCGACCCAACUCUCGAGAGGGCUUUGACUCCUUCCCCCCCACCCCUCGUUUCAUAAAAGCAUGCUUUUCAUUCCUGGAGCUUUUUUUUUCUUUCUUUCUUUCUUUUUGAGGAGAACAUGAACGACAUCAAGAUUGCGGUGCUUGGAAGUGAAGGCGUCGGAAAGUCAGCCCUCAUCGUCCGGUUCUUCACUAAACGUUUCAUCGGAGAAUACGCAUCAUCUUCAGAAUGCAUAUACCGAAAGCGUCUGACUCUGGAUGGGAGGCAGAUGAAUUUGGAGCUGUACGAGCCCUGCUCCCAGUCCUUUCAAGGUAAAAUAACGAUCAACGACCAGAUUCACUUAGCCGACGGUUUCAUCGUGGUCUACGACAUUAGCGACCGCUCGUCCUUACUCGCUGCCAGAAGCGUCGUGAAGCUCAUCCGGGAGCACCGCUUGGGAUCGGCCAAGAGGGAUGCUGAGUCGCUUAUAUUUCUGGUGGGCAACAAACACGAUCUGUGCCACAUGCGAGAGGUGUGUCGCGAGGAAGGCCAGCGCUUGGCGGACGAGUUCCGAUGCCAGUUUCACGAGCUGUCGGCGGCCGAGCACUACCAGGAGGUGGCGCUCGUGUUCUCCAAGGCGUUGCAGAGCGCCAAGGCCAAGGAGCGCAGGCGACGCCCGAGCGGUUCCAAGUCCGUGGCCAGACUCAUCAACAACGUUUUUGGCAAGAGGAGGAAAUCGGUGUGAGGCGUGAGAAUCAAGAACUCACUGUCGUGGGAUCUCUUGAGCGUAACGAGCAUGGAUGUGAUCCUUCCAUCGCACUUGUUCUUACUCUCUCGCUGUGAAAAAGAAUGGGAGAAUAUCGUAAAUGUUGCUAAAAAAAUAAUACUAUACAUAUUUCUCUAUGAGGCAAAGUGUCAAGUUGCUUGUCACAAGCACAAAAUAAAAGCCAACGAAACUUUGAAGAUCGAAUCACCAAAAGUUCCAUUUAAUUCCGAAUAAAAGUCUGCUAGCAUGAUGCUAACGCGGCGCGUAACGGAAAUGAGCAAAACUGUUUAAACACGGCAAACAACAAAAGAGAAUUAAACAUUGUACAUUUAAACCGAAAAAAAAAUAUUCACCCGAACCAUAUUCGGGAAUAGCAAAGGUCCACUAGCUUAAUGCUAACAUACAGUGCGUAUGUGAUGAGCUAACUGAGAUUAGCAUGGAUGUUAUGUAGCAACCAUAAAUACAAACAGCGCAUCCAAUGAAAAUUUUGUUUAAAGGGCUAGCUUAAUGCUAACAUUUAAUGCAAAAUGCAAUUGUCGGGCUAACUGAAAUUAGCCUGACAAAUCCCCUCAAUCAAAUUCGAUCAUGUUCGUCUUUUUGACUUUGUUUUGUCAUCUGGAGAGGUUGACAAAAGGUCAACUUUUUUUAUUUAUUUAUUUUUUAAAUAUUUUAACACACCAACAUCUAUUCUCAAAUGUAGAGAGUGAAGGUCAAAAGCGUAAAAAUCAAGACAGAUAGCUGAAAAAUCUACUUCACCACAGAUUUGUACUUUGUUACUUCCCACCUUGGCUUAUUUCUAAUAUUUGACAGUGAAAAAAAAAAAUGUUUACUGAUCUCCGGCUGUGCUCCUGGCAGCAUUACAGUAAACAACAAACCCAAACGUGGACUCUCUUCCGUCCAUCCAGCGCACAUCUCCAUGACGAUCUACAUUCCUCUCAUGCCUUCCCCGCACAGGUGUCUCCGCGCUGCCAUAGAAAGUAAUAAGACGGCCAGGAGGCCUCAGCAUUGAUUCUCCAGGAAAAAGAAACACUGUUGGGAGGCCCCCUCGACACACCCGGCGUAUGAAUGGCGCCGUUAUCUCGAUGAAAACGGCGGCCAAGCCGUUUAUGGCGGGCCAGGCGGAAUGUCAUCGCAUUCCCAGGUGCGGCGUCGGCUUCAGACCAAUACACGGCUCCCUCAAAUAAAUGAUCGCGCUUGCGCCGCCUAAAAAAAAAAAAA